AAACCAUAAUAAUACAAGGUCGAGAUUGAGACCAAACUGUCGAACCCCACCCAAAUCCAACAUCUCACUUCACUUCUAACGGCUCAUUGUUCUCCUACUCUCUCUCUCCACCAUGAAACAACCUCAGCCACCAUUGUUCUUCCUCCUCUUCAUCCUCUCCACCACAGUCAUCUCCGCCGCCACCACUGCUAAUGUAACUAAACCGGCCACCCAUAAAACGCCUGCGCUGUCCCCUACUCCUCCUCCUACAGCCUCCCCAACCUCACCCACCACUAAAGCUCCGACUUCUUCCCCACUAGACCCUAAACAAAUAGAAGCACUCCAAUCCCUCGAUAUCCCCACCACAAGAGACCCCUGCGUUCAACCUUCACCUCGCAACGCCACCGUCUGCGACAACUCCAAGCCCGUCCGCCACCUCAUUUCGCUCCACCUCUCCAACUGUUCAUCAGACCUUUCACUCUCCUUCAAUGCUCUCAAGUCCCUCUCUUCCCUCCGUUCUCUUUCUUUCACUAACUGCCACGCAUCCCCUAUCCGCUUCCCUUCCGAUCUCUCACUUUCCCUCACUUCCUUCUCCUGCAUUCAAUCUCUCCGGCGACUCUCUGGCGUCUGGCUCUCGCGUUUCGUUAACCUCACUGAUCUAACAGUUUCCGGCACUCUGGUUAGCACCAGCGGUGUUUAUGUGAUCCUCGGGAACAUGCAUAAGCUGAAGACCCUCACCAUUUCUCAUGCUAAUCUUACCGGUUCUCUUCCGAGGCACUUGCAUCUGAAUCUGACCCAUGUCGAUUUAUCCGAUAACAAGCUCAAAGGAAAGAUACCAACUUCCCUGACGCUUCUUGAAGAUCUCGAAUUCUUGAAUCUUUCGUCGAAUGGGCUGAAUGGGGAGAUUCCAGAUGAGAUGGGUGACUUGAUAUCGUUGAGGAAUCUGUCUUUGGCUUCCAAUUCGUUGUCUGGGCCAAUCCCGGAUUCCAUGUCAGCUAUUCCAGGUUUGGUUCAUGUGGAUCUGAGUAACAACCAGUUAAAUGGAAGUGUUCCCAAGUUUUUGUCAGAGUUGGAAGGGAUGAAAGUGUUGAAUCUGGAGAAUAAUGGGUUUCAUGGGGUUCUACCUUUCAAUGCUACUUUCAUAAAGCGAUUGGCUGUUUUCAAGGUCGGUGGGAAUGACAAUUUGUGUUACAACCAUUCUGUCUUGUCAUCAAAACUGAAGCUCGGGGUUGCCCGAUGCGAUAAGCACGGUUUGCCCAUGUCACCGCCGCCUUCCAAGGAGUCUUCUGCAGACAGUGGGAGUGACUCAGAUUAUAGUGAUGAUGCUGCCGAUGAUACACCUAAUAAAGGGAACCAUCAUGGGCCAAGUAAGGUUGUUAUUGGUUUUGCAAUUGGUAUUUCUUCAAUAGUUUUCCUCAUUAUUUUCUUGAUUCUACUCGCAAAAUGGUGCCGAUGAAGAAAAAAAAACUUGUGUUUUCUAGCUAGAUCUCUAGAUUAGGAGAAAAUUGGUUGGAGUUUCCAUUUAUUUAUUAUUGAUAUUUAAUUACACGAUUUAUGAGAAAACAAAAGAAAUCAUUGUACUGGUGUGUUAUUUUUUGCUACUCUUUGGUCAUUGAAUGACUAAAAAGUUGAGUGUGUUACGUAUGUUUUGUAUGAUUUGUGGGCAAUCUGAGGUGGAUUAGGAUCUGCUAAUGAUGAUUAAUGGCAGACGUUUUUCCUCAGUAAAAUGUAUUCUUCAUCUUAAAGCAUCUGGU